UCUUCCCUUUUGGAAGAUGCUACCAUCCAACAGCGUUCCGAAUCCGAUAUCCGCCACCAUGUACAGGCAGGCGGGCGGGCGGAGAAGAAUGGCUGCAGCGACCGCGCCAUGCACGGGCUUUCCGGCCUUCUUUGCUUCCUUCUCCCGUCAUCAAUAAGUCUAGUUUGGCAGUCGGCCGUUUGGACUUUUAUUCGAUGGUCUUGUCCAAAUUUCCAAGUCUGGUGAAGGCGCCUUUUCGCUAAAGCACGAGGGUGAGACAAAUUUGGUAGCUUCGGGGGGUCCGCGCAGAUCCAAUGGAGUCUUUUCCUCUUUUUCCCCCCUCUCCUGUGCCUUUCUCUACCUUCAAGGGCGAUCAAUAGUUGCAAGAUCGACAGUGGAGUAACGUAACCAUUAAACCGGAGUUACCCAGACAGGAACUCAACAGCCACAGCGGGAAACCUCUGAGUGCUCCAAGCUUUUUUUUCUCGUCGAAUUCUUCUUCUUUUUUGCCACUCGGUAAUGCACCUGUAUGUUUCGUGUGGCGGACUGGAUAAUUAAGCGUGUGGCUUUAGGUUGUGGCGAGUGCAUACCAGACACGCACGCGUUACGCACGCUUUCAUGCACGUUCUGGUCGUUGAAGCAGCGUCCAUUUCACUCGCCACAACGGCACGGGCGACUGCGCCUCACUACGGCCGUCGUCUACACGGUUAGUUCGGUCGACGUCGCGAAAGCUCCAUUGUAUCUAGAUGGUUGAUAAUACAUCCCGGCGUUGCGUAAGCUGUUUUGCCACUCGAGUCCUCCGCAAAGUAUUGGAUCUACACUCGUCCGGACGGCUCGUCCAUGUGUUGGUGUGUUUAGCUGGUGCGUAAACCUCUGGUAACCGACAAACCAGGGAGGUUUGGGCCCAUCGGUGAGUGAGCUCUGGUUCGUACAGAUUACGGGUGCGUGGCUUGAUCACUACUCUACUCUUGUACACCGCAGUUCCCAAUUCAGACACCAACGACCCUGUGGCGGGAUACACCUUUCUGUAGCUGCAGAUGAUGCAGAUGAUGCUUCCGGAGCUCAAAAAGUUCAAUAGUGUGGGGUAUAGGCUAAGCCGGUUU